CAUCUUUUGACAACUAUCUAGUUUCUUCUUCCUUGUUUCAUUUUCCUUUCCUUCUCUUACCUUAACUUUUUAGAGUCGUUCCACACUUAACCAUGAUAUCCUCAUAGACUUCCAUUCCCCGCUUUUAAUCCCCUGACAACAGCACAGUAGAUUGCCUCGGCGCUAUUCCACCUACCCGUGCCCCAAAAACAUGGCUCCCAUAACAUCCACACCCACAUCCGCAAUCCUCCGCGCCGUAUUCCGGCGCCAGCUCGAGCCCCUGCGCACGACGCGGGUCCCGCGCUCCGCGCCGCGCCGCUUCCAGUCCAGCAGCAGCAGCAGCUCUUCGGGUCCCAAGCCCAGCGCCAGCGUCAGCGAGGCCGCGAAGUCGUCGUCGCCCGCGGCCGCGACCGCGCAGCCGGUGUCCAUAUGGCUACGCCUGGGCCCCCUGACGCGCGCCGGCCAGGCGUACGCGCGCUCGCAGCGGAACCGGCCGUGGGCCACGCAGGUCGCGAGCGCGCUCGCCAUCUACCUGGCCGCGGACGUCAGCGCGCAGCGCAUCAGCGGCAAGGAGUACAAGCCGGAGCGCACGGUCAGGAACAUGGUUAUCGGGGCCGUGUCCGCGGUGCCGUGUUUUCUAUGGUUCGUCUGGCUGUCAAUGAACUUCAACUACGGUUCUCGCAUCAUCUCUAUUGGCGUAAAGAUUGUCGUCAACCAGAUGAUCUUCACUCCCACCUUCAACAGCUACUUCUUCGGCUCCCAGGCGCUGUUGGCCGGGGAUAGCCUUGCCGAUACCUGGGACCGCAUCGUCCGCACGGUCCCCGUCAGCUGGAUGAAUGCGUGGAAGCUGUGGCCCGCCGUCCUGGCCUUUAGCUUCACCUACGUCCCUAUCGCUUACCGCAGUGUCUUCUCCGGCGUUGUCGCCGUUGGCUGGCAGACUUAUCUAAGCUAUCUGAACCGCCAAGCCGAGAUUGAAGAGGAGGUCGCUCAUCAACGGAACCCUGUAGCCGCCUUGGCCCCUGUCGAGGCGGCGGCCCUACAGCUAGAGCAGAAGCGCCCCAUAGCGGCGUAGGUUUGACCUGGUGUUUUCUUAUGUGCUUUGACAAUAGACGGGCGGCACACAUUCGGCAUUAGAUGGGUUGGCUUUACAGCAUAGACUUCAACUUUGGUGAUGUUCAAUGUUCAUCACUUAGAACCAAUAAAACGACAGA